CUCUUGAAAGAGACGGGUGUGUUAUCAACGCUCUGUUUCCGCGCUCGUUCGCGUUACGUAAAUUGGAUUUAGAUGUCGAUGAGUUAAUUCGAUAUUGCUAAGCCGCUUAUAUUUUUCAGACUUGUGUGUCCUUGUGUUGAAAAUGUCCGCGAAGGAUGAUAUUUUGGAAAAAUGUUGAAGACGUUUUAUACGCGAUGUUUGUUUUGUUUGUUGUGUAUCGCUUUUUAUUUUUGCGGGACUGAUGGGUUAAUAGAGAUCGUUGAAGAACAACGUUGCCAUGACGACGAGUUUCGAUUAACGUGUCGUGAGUUGGACACGCAUAUUGCAAUCCUAGAAGCCUGGUACACAUCCCUUGAAAAUUACUAUCGAAACGAUACCCUCACUCACGCCAAUCUAAUCAAAACUCAAAAUGACUCGGAACUCGAUAAAGUGUAUACCUAUUCUAGUCCUAAACAUAACGGAGUGUUCGAGUUGACAAAUCAUACAUUCGAGAACUACACAAAUGUGAAUAAUUCCUUCGAGUUUGAUUCGAGAAUUGAGAGUGUUAAUGAGACAAUAGAGAGUGUUGAUAUGUCGGUGGAUUUUGUAAAUGUGACGUGUAGUGCAGUGUCAUUUGCGAGAAGUUAUGCCAGCUGGCGAGAAGGGGACAAGCGCCGACGAAUGCGUUCCAGAGAUCUUUCGUACAACUUGCGAGCGCCACUAAGUUAUAGAUGUACAGGAGUGAAUCACUGCAACUUUAGACUGGCCGAGGACUACCCUCCUUCAGAGAGUUGGGCACCAGGCGUGGUGUUCAUAAAAUACGCAUGUUUUGAUGAUUCCCUAUCAGUCCACUAUUGCAACCGCGAAGUGCAGGUGGCAGAUAGGGGUCCAGAGAGCGAGGGCUACAUCCGGACACCCGGAUAUCCGCACUUCUACAUCGGAGACGAGUGCCGAUGGAAACUCCGGGCACAUCCGGAACAACGAAUACGAGUUACCUUGCUUGAUGUUAGUUUAAGAAGUAUAGGCCCAUUUGAAAAUAACUGCACUGAUUAUGUGGCAGUGUAUGAUUCAAACGGCGAUUCUCUUCUAAGCAGCUGUGAUCAAGUUGAAAUGCCAUUACGCUUGCUCUCUGUAACAAACACCGUUGAAGUAUUACUUGAAGCUAGAUCUAAGGGCGCCUUCCCAAAAAGAGGCGUGUUGUUACAUUAUAAAAGUUUAGGGUGUGUUACUGUAUCAGCGCCAUCUAACGGCUACAUUGUGUAUAGAAAUGAAGAUGUAGCGCACUACGUGUGUGAUGUGAAUUUUGUUUUCAUCGACACACGACAAAGGGCGCGGAUAUUAUGGUGCUAUGAUGAUAAUAGAUGGAAUGAUACUGUUCCAGAAUGUAUCGAAGAGACGACUCCUCAGGUGGUCGUCGCAAAUUAUUCUGUCCCGGAGGUCGAUAAAGAUACAAAACUGCCGCACAACGAGGGAAAUAUGAUAGUUGACAUAGUCAUCCCGUCGCUACUGAUAGCGGCGUUGUUCAUCGGAAACGCAUUCAUCGUACUCAUUAUAUACAAAUACAGAAAACGAGAUCAGGCGGUUGCUGAUUUUAAACAUUAGCGAUAUGAAAACAGAUGAUCUAGAAGACGAGUUCAACACAAUCCCCCUGAGUGUUAACGGCAACGUCCACAGCGCCGGUAACGCGGUCUAGUCGCCUUUUAAAGGGGAUUACACUCGAACGACUACGCAACAUUAAUCUUAACAGAACAGAACUUGUUAAUCACUGUUAGCGAGAUUUAUUGCUUUGUAUUGAAUAAAAAUAACGUGUUUUUCAAUCUGGAUUUGGCCGCUAUGGUCACUUUGUCGUAGGAGUUCUACAGAAGUAGUUAUGAAACGUAUGAAGAUGACGGCUCUUGUUCCAACCUAUGUAUGUGAAUCUAAUUUACUUUAGGGUACGUCCACAUCUGGCGAAUACGCCGCGCGUGCAUUUUUGUACGUGCGAGAACUGAGUGCGCAUAGAUCGCGCGCCUUAUACGAGCCUUGCACGAGUUGCGCUAAAGAGGCGCACCAAACCAUUGCCGUGACUGCACGCGCGCAGCUCGCAAACUGCUCGCGAGCUGCAUAUUCGCGGCGCAUUUGCCAGAUGCAGACGCACCCUAAGACUUCAUAGUAGAUAAUUCCUUUAUCCCUUUUACAAAUCUAUUUUUAAUUGUUAUGCAAAACUUCUCAUAAAUCUUCUUUUGCUGUUCGCAUUGAACGUGAUUUAGGCAAUUAAUACGACAUUUAUUCAUGAGAUAUAUUUAAGCUCUGAAAAACAAACCGGGAAUAACAUUUUUGCAGGAAAAUAUCCAGUUUUAUAGACCCUCAUGAACGUUGCGUUAUGAAUAAUUGAUGUGCCUCAAUGCGGAUGGAGAUGUAACGGCCUCGUUUACCUGAAUGUGUAAUUAUUCGAGUGUAACCUUCUUUAAUGAAAAGUCGGGUCGGAUGUGGAUUGACGAUUUGAUGGUGGUCCGUGCACAUCCGGCCUUAGUUAAGCUAAUUUAUUUGUUAGAUACCUCAUGUAGAUGUCUUCGGCGAUAAUCACACUUUUACAUUAUGAUAGGUUUUUAUAUAAUAAUCGAAAAUUCAAUAUCGAAGUAAAGAUAUUUUGUCAUAUGUUCAAAGGCUCGACUCAAAAUAAAAUAUAUUGACGGUAAUUCUUAUUUAUGAAGGGAAUGCAAUUUGUCUCUAUUCAUCGUGAAUUGAUUGAAAUGGACGGUUUCUCACUAGUCGGGAAGUGCGUCGUUACUUUUUGAUGUCGUGAACAUUAUAUAAUAAAGAUAAAAGACGCUAAAUUUUCUAGACAACGCAGCUUGUAUUGGUUGAAGGGCUUCCACUAUUUUGGUAAUGGAAGGAAUCAAAGUAAAGGACUAAGAAACCGUGUUUUUUUUAUUACAAAAAAAUAUUUCAUUGAAAAUUACGCACAAUUCGCAUAAAACAUACUAGGUCCUAUAUUAACGAUACAUCCAAUGCAAUAUCAUAAAAUGUUGAAUGAAGAGAUAAGGGAGUCGCGACAUAAUAAUCCUGUACGCCUUUAGUUAAUUAACUGAAUAACAAAGAAAUUUAUUUACUGAAUAAAUAUUGUUUUGCAAUUUGUAUUACGAUUAUAUCAGAAGCCUGUACCAACAACCUUUUAAGGGUAAUAAAUAUGGGACUAUUUGUUCAGCCGUGUAUUAAGUUUACAUUCGAAUUGCUGUAAACAACGUCGACAAUGAACUUAUUAUAUUUGCCGACAUAACAUGUCCCUACGAAAUAAAACCCAAUUAGGUAACUCUUGAAGAAAUCACAGGGCAGUAAGGGACAUUUUAGUAAAUAUCUUUAAUACUUAACAAACGACUCUGAGGGUAAGAUUAAAGGUUACAUUUAGAAACGAUACUUAGUUUGACUCAUACGUCCCCGAGACUCAUAGUUCGAGAUAAGUGUCGGCUCUGAAUUAUUACCAGUGUACGGGCCCGGCCCAAUCAGAUCCAUUUUAGUAAGAAAGCCCAAUGCUAGUCCUACAUCAGUCACUGUUAUUAUUAUAUUCAUUUAAAAUAAUGUACAAAGUGUGAUUAUUAAUUCCCAUUAGCUUUUAAGUAAGGACUGAUAUAAUAAAUAUUCAAUAAUCUGACAAUGAAGAGGGUAUGAAAUGGAUCUUUUCGCAUCAUGGCCUAAUAAUAAUUGGCUGCUUUUGUUACCAACGGUUUGCUGUAGAUUAGAACAAUUUGUUCAGAAUUCUACUAAACAAUAAUUGUUACAUAAAUGUCAUUGAUAUAAUUCUACAAUUAGUGGCAAAUGUAAAAAGCUGUCAACUUUAACAACUUUACAAUUGAUGUUUAGUGUUGCAAGCGCCAUCAAAAAGUUUUAUUAAAACAAAUGUUUUGAAUAAAAAUCGAUCUUUAACAGCACUUUACUGUAGAAUGUAGAUCCAUGUUAUAUCCUUUUUAGAUGCUGUUUUUGGUUAGCACCGCAUUAUUUUAUGUCAAAUACCUGUUAAGCUUCUUAUAUCUUCUUUAACUAAAUUGUUGAUGUUUUUGUAUUCGGCGGAGUAUAGUAUCUGUAAUAAAGCACUAUCUUUGAAA